GCUCUCAAAAACUUGGUGGACACUAUUGCAUUCUCAUAUGCUGAUCUGUUGGGAGAGCAGCUCACUGAUGAACAUCGUCAAAGGUGUUUACGAGUGUGUGAGGAGACCAUUGAAUACUUCAAUACAAUAUUACGGGAUCCUGGAACAACAAUUCAAGUGAGAAGAAGUGUUCAAGCUCACAUCAACCAACUCAACUGGUUAGCCGAUCAGUUCUCUAGACUCGGUAACCAAGUAGUUGGUGGAGAUCUCAACCAAGGAGUCAAAUGGCAGAACCUGGAGAAUGCUUUCGCUGGUAACAUCCAGACUGGAUGUGUUAUCAACCAGCGCCACAAAGAUCCAACAUUAUUUCUCCAGGCCUCACGGGACAUCGUCAUCAACAAGGUACAGAGUGUCUUGAGAGAUCUAGCAGGGCUGAAAGUGAAUGUGGAGUUCUUCUGUACAUUCCGGAAACAUCAACAAGACAUAGAAAAACGAAAAUCUUUCAUCACCAAAAGUCGUGAGAUUCUCCCUGCCACUUCUCUUCAGGAUUGGUACACUGAGCAUGUGUAUGAGAAGCUGAAGCAACGAAUUGAAGAUUUUGAACAUGAGGGUUCCGGAUGGAGUCGUCUUGGGCCAACCAGCUUGAUGGUGACUAUGUCAAGAUUCGCACCAACUCAAGUUGGGAACCCACCUUCGUCAGAUUGCCGCAGGAUAUCAUCAGGAAGCAUGCGGUUACGAACAUCCAGAACAAUGAUGAGUUCUGCUUCCUGUGAAAUACCAACGAUUCAUUUAUUAAUGAUUAAAAAAAGUGUUAAUUAUACUAAUAAUUUAGAUAAUAUUGAGUCAGUCUAUCACUUUGCAUGGAUACACAAUCUUUCUGGAUUAAUUAAAAGUCAGAUAUCUCUAGGUAGACAUAGAUUAUACUUUUGUGAUCGUUGUUUGAAUCAUUUUAAAUUUCAAAAAUGUUAUUUAGAGCACCGA